ACAACGGCGGCGUCUGUCUCGCUCAGCACCGAAACCAACCACUUCGUUUCUCGUUCUCCAGCGAAAAACAAAGUCACCCAGUCCAACAAUGGAGGCCAUGGAGGGGCUCAUCCCGUUCAUCUACAAGGCCGUCAAGGAGCGGCGGACCCGGAGCUACUACUCGCGGUGCAACUCCACCGGCUCGUCGCGCGGCAGGUUCCUCGGGGCCCGCGUGGAGGACAGCUCGUGGGACCAGCAGAAGCAGUGGGAUCGGUCCGCCGGCGGCAAGGCGACGACGGCGGCGGAGAGGGAGAUGGUGGCGCACCGCCGGCACCGGUCCCUGGAGGAGCUGGCCGGGGAGGUGGGUGCCUCGCCCGAGUGGCGCCGCCGGCUGGGCGCGCUGCCGAGGGGCCGCAGCGUCAGGAUCUUCUCCUGCAUCCGCGGCAUGUGAGGACGAUGCAUGCACCCGCCGCCCGCGCGCCGCAGGGCUCCGGGACUGGCGGUGGCCGGUGGCGGUCCGGGUUAGUUUGGACGCGUCGCGCAUGCGCGCAGGGGUGGUGAAGGGGGUUUGCUCGUGCUUUUGCUUAGUUCGAUCGGAGGUGAGGUGGUAGAAAGGAGUAAUUGUGCAGUGGAUGUAAUGUAACCCUGUUGAUGUUAUCCAACCAAAGUGUACAUAUGCAUGUGGAUUUGUGAAGAUGCAAAAUCGCAAAUGAUGGUUUGCAUGUCCCUGUUUCUGCUUCCAGGAAAUUGUCAAAUCAAGUCUCUCCAGCUACAGAAAAUUCGAAAAUGGAAUUUUAGUAUUUGGGUUCA